CGGAAGAUAGACCAUUCUUGGCGCUAGAAACCGAAGGAUCAAUCAACCCUGCAAAUAUGCAGCACAAACCGCAAUGCUGACAUUUAUGGGGAAUCAACUGCAAGGAUUGUUCACUGUUCCUUAAAACCCCGCAUGGACAGUAUGUGUGAAGUAGCAACAACACAACCUUUGGCCAGUAAGGAAGUGCAAUAAGGCCAACAUGGACAUCGACAAAACGUUCCUGACCCAGACAUCCAUAGGACUGGUGUUGAUUUAUACCAUCGUUUCCAUCAUACGCUUCUCACUACGCUCCCUUCCACCAAAAUACUACCCUCCAGGACCGCCCUGCCUCCCUCUGAUCGGAAACGUGCACCACUUCGCCUCCGACAAGCUCCACGUCAAGUUCUCCGAAUGGCGUCAAACCUAUGGCGACAUCGUCGGGCUAAAAGCGGGUCCCUUAAACCUCGUCGUUCUCAACAGUGCUGAGGUCGUUCGUGAGCUGCUCGAGAAGCGAGGCAACAUUUACUCUGGCCGACCUACUGACUAUAUCUUCCGAGAACACAUUGUUCAGGACACGCAACACAUUCUUUUCUUGCAGAAUGACGCUUAUUUGAAAAGAUAUCGGUCGGUGGUUAGAUCGUUGCUCGGUCCUGCAGGAUGCGAGCAAGCCCUGCCAUUGCAGAAUGCAGCAGGAGCGUAUUUCGCCUAUAGGCUUAUCAUGUCACCUGAGAAGUGGGAAGAUCAUCUUCACAACUGGGCCAUGGGCACACCGUUGACAGCAAUCUGCGGCCAUCGAGGAGCACAGAAGGACAAAGAUCUCAUCAAGCUGUUCUAUGACAACCAGAAAAACUGGCUGGAGCUGCUGAACCCCGGAUCCGCCCCUCCAAUCAACAUGUUCCCCAUCCUCAAGUACGUACCGGCUUUCCUGGCUAAAUGGAAGGGUCAAGCCACAGAGCUGCGCAAGAAUCAACAGUACUUCUACAAGAUCAUGUUGGACUCGGCUAAAGAGGAAUUGAAGCUCCACGAGGCGGGUCAGAAUGCUAAGCCAAAGGACUUUCUGUCUCUGAUGGCGAGGCUGCUUCAGGAGCAGGACAGUAAGACUGGUUUCGACGACCACCAGCUCGCAUAUCUAGGCGGAGGCCUCUACGACGCAGCUGUCGAUACCACGUAUCUCACUUCCUUGCACUUCAUCAAGGUCCUAGGCGCUUAUCCCAAGAUCUUGAAGCGUGCACAAGCCGAAGUAGAUGAUGUUUGCGAGGCAGGCAAGCCGCCUCGUGCGCAAGAUCUGGACAAGUUGCCAUACUUAAAGGCGUGUUUCUUCGAGGUUCUUCGCUGGCGCCCAGUGGCCACCGUCAACCUUCCUCACACCCUCGAUGCAGACGAUAUCUUCCGCGGCUACCAUAUUCCCAAGGGCACGACCAUCCUCCAGAACAUCUGGGUUGAUUCGCACGACCCAAACCUCUUCUCCUCACCCGACACUUUCAAUCCCGACCGCUACCUCGCAAACCCUUACGGCACCGAUCUUUCGGUCGAGGAAUGCCAGGCAGAAGGUCGGAAACUGAUUUAUGCAUUUGGUAGUGGCCGUCGCCAGUGUCCUGGUAAUCUGUUUGCACAGAAUGGGUUCUUGGCUAUGGCGGCUAAGCUUGUCUGGGCUUUUGAUGUGAGAGCGAAAGGGGAGCUGGACAUGAGUGUCGAGACGGGGUUUCAUGGUGGACUGUUGUUGGGUAGCGAGCCUUUUGCGGUGGAGUUUGUUCCGAGGAGUGAGAUGCAUCGUCAGGCUGUUAUUGAAGACUGUGAGAAGACACGGUCGUGGCUUGAUUGAGGCUAUCAGCAUGGAGAACAAUGUCUCGAGCAAAGAACGUUAAUAAAGAUGAAUCAUCAUCUUGAUGGGGCGUGGUGUUCAUUUAUCAGCUACUUGCGCCAUGAAAGUCCAUCCACUAGCUGUAAACCCUUUACGCACAUACAGAUACACGCUUGCUCGCACCGCCAACGCUUAUAGCCCCUUAUCGGCGGCUCACGACGCAACGUUCCGUGAUUCC